GCAUGCGCUGUGUCGCGCCAUCUUGACCGGCGCGAAGUAAACAAGGCGGCGAACGCGGUCGAGAACUCAAGAGGCGUUGGGAGGGAGACACUCGCGGCGGCGGCCUGGUUGAGACAAACGCGGGUCUCCAUCCCCCCCUCCAUGGGCCGCGGGAAGAGAAGGAGGCAGCCGAGACCGCGACGCCCGGGCCCGGGUUAAAGCCGUCGGUUAGGGAGGAAAGGGGGGGGGGCGUUGCCAUGGCGACUAGGCAAAGGGGCGGCGGCCCUCGAGGCCUUUCUUCGGGUCUCCGCCGCUGCCGUCGUCGAGACGACCCCGGCAGCAUGAAACGGGAGGCGGUAGGAGAGCGAACGGGCGAUCACAAAGGAGUAAGCAAACGACGGGAUCUUCCCGGCCCGGAUUGGGCCUCGUUAUUGCCGGAGGUGCUGCUACGCGUCUUCCAGCACCUGCCGUUGGUGGACCGCGCGCGGGCCUCGCAGGUCUGCCGCGGCUGGCAGCGGGUUUUCCACCUGCCGGAGCUGUGGCGCCGCUUCGAGUUCGAGCUGAGCCAGCCCGGCGCCAGAGCCACCCACCCGGAGCUCAUCAAGCAGAUCCUCAAGCGACACGCCGGGCACCUGCAGUACGUCAGCUUCAAGGUGGAUAGCAGCAAGGAAUCGGCUGAGGCUGCCUGUGAUAUCUUAUCCCAGCUUGUCAAUUGUUCUUUAAAGACCCUUGGACUGAUUUCCACUGCUCGACCGAGUUUCAUGGAUUUACCAAAGUCACACUUCGUUUCAGCCCUAACUGUGGUGUUUGUAAACUCCAAAUCCCUUUCUUCACUCAAGAUAGACGAUACGCCAGUAGAUGAUCCAUCUCUCAAGGUGUUGGUGGCUAACAACAGUGAUACCCUAAAACUCUUAAAAAUGAGCAGUUGUCCCCAUGUUUCUCCAGCAGGAAUCCUUUGUGUAGCUGACCAGUGCCACGGCUUACGAGAGCUGGCGUUGAACUACCAUUUGUUAAGCGAUGAUCUCCUUCUCGCGCUGUCGUCUGAAAAACACGUCCGAUUGGAACAUUUGCGCAUUGACGUCGUCAGUGAGAACCCAGGACAGACGCAGUUCUACACUCUGGAGAAAAGCAGUUGGGACGCUUUCAUCAGACAUUCCCCUAAAGUGAAUUUGGUUAUGUACUUUUUCUUGUACGAAGAAGAAUUUGAUCCAUUCUUCCGAUACGAAACUCCGGUCACCCAUCUUUAUUUUGGGAGAUCGGUCAGCAAAGAGGUCCUUGGACGAGUCGGAAUGACGUGUCCGCGACUUGUUGAACUGGUGGUGUGCGCCAACGGACUACGGCCCCUGGAUGAAGAGUUGAUCCGGAUUGCCGAGCGUUGUAAGAACCUGUCGGCCAUUGGCCUCGGAGAAUGUGAGGUUUCCUGCAGUGCCUUUGUCGAGUUUGUGAAAAUGUGUGGUGGCCGCUUGUCUCAGCUGUCUAUAAUGGAAGAGGUCUUGAUCCCCGACCAGAAGUACAGCUUGGAGCAGAUUCAUUGGGAAGUGUCCAAGCAUCUUGGGAGAGUUUGGUUUCCAGAUAUGAUGCCCACCUGGUAGAGCUAUUGGGGGCAAGCCCUUAACUUGGCCCAACCUUGUGGCAGCUUCAGCAUAAUAAGCUUCUUCGUGAUGUUAGGCUGUCUCGAGCACUGUAGAAAAUCAGUCUACUCCUUAGCGCUGGUUUCUAAAAUCUGGGUUAAAAAAGUGACCAGGGAGGAACGAAAUGUGUUCAUGUGACUUUAUCAUUGGCUCUCUUUUUUUUUUGUCGUAACAUGACAGAUGCUAACGUAUGUAGACAUUGACAUGUGUUUACAUAUUCAGAGGUUGCAGUUCUAAAACUGAUUAAAAAUUACAGUAUUUUAGCCUGGCUCUUGGAAAUUGACUUUGUAAGGAGCAGAUACCACUUUAAUGACGUAAUCUGGGAAGCUGCAUUGACCCAGGUCAUAUAACAAUGAAUUGCUUCAAGUUCAGGUUUAUAAUUCCAGAUCCCAAAUCAUAACUGUGGGUCGUUUGGUGUUUCUGUAAUGUUAUAUGGAGCCCUGGGACACAGUAGCUGGGGUAUAUUUGUGUGUGAAAAAUGUAAGUAUUUGCUGCUUAUUAAACUUCUCCAGAAAAUCUAGUGGUACGUAAAUUAUUAGCAGUAUAUUUUCUUUCUUUUUUCCCCCCUCUCUAGAGUUUUUUUAAAUGAAAAUGUAAUAAUCAUAGGGCAAUAACAUCUAUAAUAAACAUGUUUUAAAGUA